AUGAAUUGUAAAUACGUAUUAAAGGAACUAAAGGAAUUGAAAGAUCUUGAGGAGCAAAUGAAACCUAAGAGAACAAAAAUAAUAUCCGAUUUGCUGAUAUCAGUUUCAAAGACUGAGAGACAAGAAGCAAGACUAAAAGUACGACAGGACUCAUUGAGACUCGGAAAUGUUGGUGUAAUCAGAGCUGGAACUGUCUUAUCUGAGACCUGGGAAGAUGGUCAGGCGUUAAAGGAUCUGAAUGCCCAGCUUAAACAACUACUCGAAACAAAGGAGGCAAUUGAGCGCCAGCGCAAGUUAUUCAAGAAAAAACAAUCUGAUAAGGGUGAUGGAAUAGAUGCAGAGGCUGGAUUGCUGGAAGAUAUUCUCAUUCACGAGGAAAUCUAUAAGUCUCGACUAGCCAGCAUUAAACGGGAAGAAGAACUUGUUUUGCGAGAGAGGGACUGCUACGAACUAGAGAAGGGAAGACUAAUUCGUGAAAUGAAACGCAUUCGGGAUGAUGAUGGUUCACGGUUCAACAAUUUUCAGAUUCUAAACCAUCGUUACGCCCUUCUAAACCUUCUUGGAAAGGGAGGAUUCAGCGAGGUGUACAAGGCUUUUGAUUUGGUGGAGCAUAGAUAUGUUGCAUGCAAGCUUCAUGGUUUAAAUGCUCAAUGGAGUGAAGAGAAGAAGCAAAGUUACAUAAGGCAUGCAAUUCGGGAGUAUAAUAUUCACAAGACCUUGGUCCAUCGUCAUAUUGUUCGUUUAUGGGACAUCUUUGAGAUUGAUCCAAAUACAUUCUGCACUGUUCUAGAGUAUUGCAGCGGGAAAGAUCUUGAUGCUGUUCUUAAAGCAACACCUAUAUUGCCUGAGAAGGAGGCUAGAGUCAUUUUAGUUCAGAUUUUCCAAGGCCUUAUUUACAUGAAUAAAAGAGCACUGAAGAUUAUCCAUUAUGAUUUAAAGCCUGGAAAUGUUUUGUUUGAUGAGCUUGGUAUUGCCAAAGUGACUGAUUUUGGUCUUAGCAAGAUUGUGGAGAAUGACGUGGGAUCCCAGGGUAUGGAACUUACAUCCCAGGGGGCUGGAACGUAUUGGUAUUUGCCUCCUGAAUGCUUUGAGCUCAGCAAGACGCCUCUUAUAUCAUCCAAGGUUGAUGUCUGGUCUAGUGGUAUUUUGUUUUAUCAAAUGCUAUUCGGCAGACGUCCUUUCGGACAUGACCAAACACAAGAGAGAAUACUUCGUGAAGACACAAUUAUUAAGGCACGCAAGGUUGAAUUUCCCUCAAGACCUACUGUUUCUAAUGAGGCAAAGGAAUUUAUACGGCGGUGUCUGACAUAUAACCAGGCUGAGAGACCAGAUGUAUUGACCAUUGCUCAAGAUCCAUAUCUCACAUACGUGAAGAAGUAGUGAUGUUCAUUGACAUGGCUUUGUUACCCUCUCCCCACCAAAAAAGCAUAUGGGGAUCUCAUCUUCUAACUUCAGUCACUAAAUAUCUGUCAGAAUUUGUAUAGGCUGUUAAGGUUUUCUUGUCUCAAAUGAGUGAGGGAAAGGAUUUUUCCCAUUCUACAAGGAAUUCUUGUUUUCUUCAUGCAUUUAUCAUUUUGGUUCAAAAUACCGGAGUAGCAAAAAGCUAGUUGAGUUGAGUUGACUUGACCUUGAAAGGGUCAUGAUGUAUAGGUAGGUAAGAAGUUUUUUUUUUUUUUUUUUAAUUAUUCUUCUUGCCACCAAAUUAUUGGAUUAUAAUGCAUAUUGAUCGGCUACAUUUUCUUUUCAUUUGUGGAGAGUUGUUUAAAGACAUUUUAUUGAAGAGUUUGCUUAUCUUACAAUUGUGUAAUAGAUGGUUCAGCCUAGUAUGUGGUGCUUGGUGCAAAAGUAGUUUUCGACCAUCAUGUGUGAUGAUGUAUUUCAAUCAAACUGGCAAUGAUACAGCAAUGAAAAACAACUUGUUAUUUGUAA